GAGAAAAGGUGCCAUUAUGGUCCCAUUUAAGAUUGCCCGAAUACAUGGUUGCCAAAGAAAAACUUAAGACAAAAAAUGCAAGGAAUCCGCAGGACAGUGCUAUGAAUAUUUCAGAAAAGGGUGUUCUAAAUUUAGAAGCUACAGUUGUAUGUGCAAGUGAAAUGCCUAAAAAAGUUCUUACAUGCCUUGGUUGUGUUCAACGUGAGAGAAAAAGAUCACAACGUAAAAAAGAAAAUAAACAUUCCAAGACUAAUCCGAAUGCUACUUCCAACGAUGAUUCAAAUAAACCCAUGGAUUUGGAUGAUGAGAAAACAAUGCAGUUGGAGCAACGCAAAAUUCUUUUAUUUAAUUGUAGUGAAAUUGUAGAUUUUAGUAGUGGUGAUACCAUUUUACCGACAAGAAUCACUUCGACAGGAAUGUCACCUCCUAUUAUGAUAACAGACGAUCACAAGUCAUCAAAAACUAAAGUAGGCGUUGGAAGAAAACGUCCAAAAGCAGAAUAUGAUCGUCGUACGAACUCUGUGUCUAGUAAUUCUUCAAAUUCUACAAAGAAUAAAAUUAAUAACGAGUUAUCUUCAUUAUCGCCUACUCCGACUGGUGAAUCGCACGCAUCCUCAUCUGUAAUAUCACCGAACCCUAAAUCAUCUGAA